UCGAGCGUUGAGGGCCGACGUGUGCGUGUCUUUUAAAAUAUACUCUUAAUAUGUCACACGUAAACUGUUCCGUAUACGGUUGUUAUUCGUCACCGAAAACCAACGGGGCUUUAAGAUUUCACAGGUUUCCCCGGGACGCGAGGAACCAGUUAUGGAUUGACGCGUGUCGAAGACCCGACUUAAAAAAUAAAAGCGUUGAUCAAUUGUAUAGCAUGUACGUAUGUAGCCUGCACUUUGAAAAAUGGAUGUAUAUGAAAAGGAAACUGAAAAGCACUGCCAUUCCCACUUUAAACAUACCAUCUGCUUCAAUGUAUUCCGUGAGCACACAAACUGAAGUUCCAGUAUUAGAAAUUACAAUAGAUUUGCAUAGCGUAGGUGUUCAACGUGAGAUAGACGCUAAAACAAUGGGCGCAUCUGCUGUGGGAUCCAGUCCUGCUCGAACAUCGCAGAUUACACAGGAAAUGACAGAUUCCUUUCUAAGAAAGAGGCUUCGAGAACAAGCUGAACGUUCUGCGAAGAAGUUGAAGUUGACAGAAAAUUCAAUGAGAGUCACCCGUAAACAGUUCUUGCAAGGCUGUGACAAGUUCUUAUCGCCUAGCCUAAGUACAAUUGCCAAAGUACAGGCCAAUUUGAAACAUCCUUCGAAAAAUAAUCGAUACACCAAGGAGUUUAAAUUAUUUUGUUUAAAUAUUUAUUGCUCAAGUCCAUAUGCGUAUAAGUUUUUAUCCAAAACCUUGUGUUUGCCUCCAAAACGUACUUUGACGACCUUGCCUAUACCUGUAGGCACCAAAAUAAGUCACUAUAUCUGGGGAGUUUUGUCUCAAGUCAUCAAACGUUUAUCGCCUUUUGACAGGGAAUGUAUAUUUUGUAUGGACGUAAUGAGCUUGAAACGUUCUCUUUUUUAUAACACACACAAGGAUAAAAUAAAUGGUUUACACGAAAUUGAUGGUAUUCAAAGUCCAUAUGCAGCUGGCUAUGCUUUAACAAUUAUGCUGAAAGGAAUAUUUGGCGACUGGAGACAAUUAGUCGGAUACGCUCUUACCACAACCAAUGAAAUCGACGAGUCAUUUGAUAAAUGGAUAGUAAAUACAAUUAAACAAUUGUUAGUAUUGGGCUUUAAAAUAAGGGCUGUUGUCUCUGACCAAGAAUCAUGUUUAUCUAGAGGAGUAUCCAAAGACAAUCCCUAUUUUGAAAUAGACGGGAAAAAAAUAUAUUACAUUCACGAUGUUCCGCUUAGACAAGCAAAAGAGUAUUCCGUGUGCUCCUAA